UGUAGACCUUCUAGAAGGUAGGCAAGUGGGCAAGUGGUCAAGUGGUGAGGCAAGUGGUGGACUAAACCGCAGUGCAGCAGCAGUACAACGUCGGUAGGAUAGCAGAAAAAUGUUUGACCAUGGGGCUCAGCAGCAGCCACAGGUGGAAGUUGUGAUGAAGGUGGAAGGUCAACAACCUUCAACCUCCACUCCUCCUUCUCCACCUCUGACUGCUACUCAACAGGAAAAGAAGGAGUUGCAAGAGCAGUUGCGGCGGCAACAGGAACACCUGGCAAAAUUGGAACGUCAGGAGGCAGCUGAGCUAGAGGCGGCAACAGAUCAUUCCAGAAGGGAAUAUUUGUUGCAGCAGCUAGCCAAGGUGCUCUCAGAUGACUGUUGUGCACAAGUGACUAAACACAUGGCAGAGAUUAUCAUCCUGGAGCACAAGAUCACCAGUUCUCAUUUCACGAAUUGGGAUGAUCGCUUUGAUCGCUUGGAGCGUCGGGUUGACAGUCUGUCAUCUCAGCAGUCUAAGAUUUUGGAUGCGAUUCAGAACUUGACUGCUCAGCUGGCAGCCGCCAAGCUGAUCACUCCUCAGCUCCCUCUGAUACAACCCAAACCUUCUCCUCCUUCUACUCCACCUUCAUCUCCCCCUGGAUCAGUGCAUUCUUCACGGUCACCAUCUCAUUCCCAAAAGGCCUCAGGCAAGGCCUAUGUUGCUGUUACUGCAGGAGACCAAAGAGGUCCCAAGAUCCCUGCUCCCAACAAGCUUAGGGGUGAUGACCCCAAGACCGAUGUUGGGGACUGGGCUGCUGGGACCAAAGCCUACUUGAGGGGCUUUGUCUGUGCAGAACAGACCAAGGUGGCUACUGUUCUGGGACUGCUGGAGGGACCUGCAUUGAAGUGGGCCACCUCUAUCUCCUGCAGUCUGCAGCAGUCCAUGGAGGACUGGGCUUUUGGGCUUGGGGUGGACAAACUUCUGCAGGCCCUGGAGGACCGAUUUGCAGACAAGGAGCGGGCCCGCAAGGCUGCUGACAGGAUUGCUCGCCUGGGACAGCAGCGAUACAGCUGCACCCUGCAGGCCUUGUUUGCAGAAUUCGAGCAGCUUACCUCCACCCCUGGGUUGGUCAUGUCAAUUGAUGAUCUAUUGACCAACUUCUGUAGGGCAGCGCCUGAGAAGUUUGUUGUUGCACUAUACAGCACUGGGCACAAGGACUGGAGGUCCUUUGGCCGUGCAGCCCUGGACAUGGAGGCAAAGCUUCAUGUCCAGGCCCCAUCUGACAGAAGGAAAGUUAAAAAGCUGCAUCUGGGCAUGAAAGUUCAGCAGCUGCAGCAACCGCUGUUGGUGAGGAUUGGUGACUCUACAGUGCUGAGCAUCAGGGAGAAGGUCAAGGGUAUCCCUGUGACCUUCGACAGUGUUAGGGAAGUCAGACACAGUCUGAACUUCUACAUUUUCCCUGAGCUGCCCUUUGACUUGGUGUUCUCCAUGCAGUGGCUGAAGGCAGUCAACCCAAGGAUCCACUGGCAGAUCCCAAAGGUUGAGCUACCUAAUAGCCAGGGUGUGUAUCAGCCAUGCAUGAUUGCUGCUGAUCACCACCCUAAGACAUGUUGCGACUGCCUGAGAGCGAGGGAGUUUCAUGCUCUCUCACGCCAGUACCACCACGAGCGUCUGUUUAUUGCUUUGGUCAAGCAAACAGAUGCUCCCCAUGUUUCCUGUCCUCCUGAGAUACAGCAGGUGGUAGAUCGGUAUGCUGAUCUGAUGCAAGAGCCCUUUGGGUUACCCAACCCGCCAACCAAGCACCACAUCGAGCUGCUGCCUGGAGCGGUCCCUCCCAAGGGCCGCAUCUACAUGAUGACCCUUGCUGAGCUUGAAGAGCUCAGAAAGCAGCUUGAGACCUUGACCAGCAAAGGCUGGAUCCGACCCAGCACAUCUGAAUUCGGUGCACCCGUUCUCUUUGUGCCCAAAGGGAAUGGCGAAUUUAGAAUGUGUAUUGAUUACAGGGGUCUCAACAAGAUCACUAGAAAGAGUACAAAGCCACUUCCUAGGAUCGAUGACCUCCUGGACAUAGUGCAGGGCUGCAUAGUGUUCAGCAAAGUCGACCUCAAAUCUGGCUAUCACCAAAUUGAGAUGGCACAGGAGGAUGUCUACAAGACAGCCUUCAAGACCAGGUAUGGGACUUACGAGUUCCUGGUCAUGCCAUUUGGACUUUGCAAUUCCCCAGGCACCUUCCAGACAGAGAUGCACCGCAUCUUCAGGCCUUACCUGAACAAGUUUAUGGUUGUCUACCUGGAUGAUAUCCUGGUAUUCAGCAAAACUACCAGGGAACAUGCGGAGCACUUGGCUGUGGUCCUUCAGUCGUUACGUGACAGCCAGUACAAGAUCAACAGAGAGAAGUCCUCUUUUGGAGUUCCCUUUGUCAUCUAUCUGGGUCAUGUAAUCUCUGGAGAUGGCCUGGCUCCUGAAGCAGCCAAGAUUGCUGCUAUUCAGGAGUGGCCUCAGCCACAGACAAUGAGGGAUGUCAGGUCCUUCAUGGGUUUGGCCUCAUACUACAGAAAGUUUGUCAGGAACUUUUAUGAAGUGGCUGCACCCCUGACCAACCUAACAAAGAAAGACACUCCCUUUCUUUGGUCCCUUCCCUGUCAGUUGGCCUUCACACCAAAGCUCGUAAACUCCUACUUUUCCUACAGCCACGCCCGACCCAUAUUGGACAUCCAUAAUAUUUGGCAGUCGUAGCCAGCCAAAACUGCUGUUUAAAAAUCCUCACAACCAGGCCCAGCCGCAGCUGCGCCCGAUUCG